AUGCCAGCCAGCCCCUCCGAGCCCCCGCGGUCCCCAGGCUCCCGGGACUUUACCCUGCUCAUCCUCCUGCCGCACAGCUUGGGUUCCAAAGCCGGCGCUUGCCGAGGUCCCACAGCUGAGGACCCCGAUGGCUUGGUUCCCGAACGUUUCCAGCUGGUGACUGCCGCCGCCCUCCGUGCCAUAAGGCACCUCGGCCCAGGAGAAGCUCCCCUUCCCCCAAAGGAUGGGCCGCCAGCGCAGGCCGGUCAGGGGCCGCUUGUCCAGAAGCACGGUCCCGGGCUCCAGGCCCUGGCCGGGGGCCACAAGCAGCGCCAGCGAGAACCAGGGGUCGUAGGACACGCCGGCCCGGGCCCCGCUGCCGGCCAGGAACAGCACCUGCACGGCGGCCGAAGCCCGCAGUACCAGCGGCCGCCGCGAGUCCACCGGGAAGCGCAGCACCUCCCCGGACUCCAGCGCGCGCUCGCCCCCGGUCCCGCCGCUCCAGAAGCUCAGGAGGCACGCGGCAUUCGCCGCCACGUAGACGAAGUCGCACGAGCCCUCCUCCGCGGAGACCUGCGUGGUGAAGGGCGGCACGGCGUAGGAGCUGCCCCAGAGGUGGGCAGGCAGCAGCUGCUCGCACACAAGCUCGCAGUCGUCAGCCGCGCGCAAGCAGCUGUGGCCCGCCAGCACCGCCACCGGGCGCUUGGCAACCACCAGCGUCCCGGACAGGUCGAUCUCGCUCUGCACCUGCACCACCUCGAAGGGCUGCAGGCUGACGGCCAGCGGUCGGCCCGCCGGGUAACUCAGGCCGCCCAGGCUCACGGCGCACGGCGGCGUCAGCUGCACGCUGGUAGCCUGCGGGCCGGCCACCACUGCGAACUCCUUGUACCUGUCCUGGGGCUGCAGCACAGGCGUGACCACGGUGUAGCGAGUGCCCAGCUGCUGGCAGGGGAACACCAGGGCCGUGUCCAGGGAGCGCAGUCGCGCGUUCACCGCCAGCACGGACACCAGGUACGAAGACGUUACCUGGACGGCCCCGAGACGCACGGCCGAGCCGCGCAGCUCCACGCUCGAGGGCAGCCGCACGCACUCCGUUCGCCCGGGCUCCAGGCUCAGCUCCUGUCGGAAGGCGGCCCCGCGCGCCUCCACGGUCACCAGCGUGGUCACCUGCUGCCCAGCCUUGACUGCCCUCUGCGCCGAGGACACGUACAGGCGGAAGUCGGGCGCUGUCGUGCCCCCGUUCUGCAGGAAGGCGGUGAGGAAGCAGUUGCCCAAGGAGCCCCCAGCGGCCGACCCUGAAGGGGAGGAGGCGACACAGAGGGCGCAGGUUGGCGACUUCCAGCCCCCUGCCCCAGAUGCGGCCCCCCAGAGGCCUGCCCGUGGUCGCCCAGCCGUCCGCCUCAGAGCUGCCCACAUGGGCUCGCUGCAGCCCAGCCUCCCCCAGACCAACGGGCAUUCCCCUGCCGAGAACCUGCUUGCAAGCCCCCCGCCUCCCGGUCCCUUCCUCCACACUCACCCCAUGGGAGCCAGAGGGAGAAGAAGAGCAGGGCGGGUUUCCUGGCUCUGGAUUCGAGUUUGUUCCAUUCCUCUGGUCCCGGGCCCCCGCUCAGAUUCCAUCUGUGAAAUGGCCCAACAGCUAACCCCCACGUCCUAUUUACUGAUCUCGGACCACCUCAUGGACCGACUUGCUGGGAUUUCCGAGGACCAGGUUCAGAGUUGGAAGAGAACUUGGAGCCACUCCAGCCCAGCCCAGCCCAGCCAGUUAUUCCACUAGUGUGUCUGAGGCAAGGCGGAAGCCAGGUCUUCCCAGCUCCAAGCCACACUUCUAGACUUCGGAGUGGCCCAAGGGGGACGCAGCAACUCCAGCAUCUCCCUGAUUCAGACAACGCAGCUUGGGUUGGAGCUUCUGGUACCCAAAGCUCUCUCCAGUGGACCAUUUUCUCCCACCACUCCUCCUCGGGCACUCUGCACACUCUGGCCAAACCGGGGUUACCCUUCCCCCAAGCCGCCCCGUAUUUUCCUGCCUUCGGCCCCUCUGUCCCCUCAGCCCGGGAUGCCUUCCCCUCCUGCCCCGUCCUGCUCUGUCCCACCAGCCUUCUCUCCUUCCCCAGGGAGGGCCACAUUCCAUCUCCCUGGCCAGCCCAAGUUUGGCCCUCAGAGCCCACCUCGUCCCCCACCAGCUUGGCUCCCGUCGCCCUGGGGACGCCGGGCAGCACGUCCGCCCUUGGGAGUGCGUCUGGAGAAGCUGCGGACCACUGCGGGCUACCUGGGGAGGCCUGGAGUUAGCUGAGUGUACCCUGGGGUAACGACCCGAAUCCAUCACUGCUGAUAAAUUGGCCAGGCCACGGCCUUCCCGCUGACCACAAGAAACUACCUGUGACCAGUGGGAUGAUGACAACACUUGUCCAGCCUGCCCUCUGCUGCGUCCAGUGCUGCCGGGUGACAAAGGAAACCCUUAGUGACCGCAAUAAAAGCAGCCUCUUGCCCAGCC